AUGAGGGAGCACCGAGAGACUCUGCUCCAGCUUCCCUACAGCAGGAGAUCCCUUUCCUAUCUCCUGCAUGAAGACAAGCUUCGGGCUUGUGGGCUAUUAGGAGAGGAUCAGUCUACAUCGGACUGGUCCAAUAAAAAAUACGACCGGUGGGAGCUCGUUCCUCUACCAACCGACGACCUCCCCCCAAGGAGAGAUGCGAGGCCUCCACCUCCAGUUCGUCAUAGGAGUCGAAAAUCGGGGAACGAGGCCAAUGAUGAGGCCUCAAGCUCGGGUUCGGACGAGCAAGGCGAGAUGGACUCCGAUCUUGACAACAUCCUUGAGAGUGGCAGAGCCAAAAGAAGCAAACGCCCGAGAGGCUCACGGAAAUCUGAUCGUCCCGCCAAGAGUAAACGAACAAUUCAAAUGAGAGUAGGAGAUACUGGUGGUAUAUUUGAAUAUCUUCAAAGUAUGCAAUUAGAAGACCCUGCUUUUGUUAGUGCCAUGCAAGCUGAUGAAGAUGACAUGAUAACCAAUAUCUUUUGGGCAGAUGGAAGAAUGAUGACAGAUUAUUUCUAUUUCGGUGAUGUUCUUUUCUUUGACACAACUUACAAAAAAAAUAAAGAGUGUCGACUGUUCGCAAUGUUUCUUGGGGUGAAUCAUCACAAGCAAACUAUUAUCUUUGGAACUGCACUAUUAUAUGAUGAAACUGCUGAAACUUUUGCUUGGCUAUUUGACACUUUUGCUAAAACAAUGUCAGGAAAAAAGCCAAAGACUAUUCUUACUGACCAGGACGCAGCAAUGGAAAAAGCUUUAGAGUCUCAAUGGCCAGAAACAACUCACCGUUUAUGCAUUUGGCACAUAUAUCAGAAUGCUCCAAAAAAUCUUAGUGGGGUUUUUCAAAAUUUUAGAGAAUUCACAAAGGAUUUUAGUAGUUGUAUUUAUGAUUAUGAUGAGAAGGAUGUUUUUAUUGAAGCUUGGAAUAGUAUGCUUGAGAAAUAUGAUCUUAGAGACAAUAAGUGGCUAAAAAAAAUGUUCAAUUUGAAGGAAAAAUGGGCAUUGGUAUAUGGAAGAGAGACAUUUUGUGCAGACAUGACAACUACUCAGCGGAGUGAAAGUAUGAAUAAUGUAAUUAAGAAUUAUGUUAGCUACAAGCAUGAAAUACCAAGAUUUUUUCAGCAUUUUCAAAGAUUAGUUGAGGAUCGUCGAUAUGAUGAGUUCAAGGCUGAUUUUAAAUCAACUCAAACUUCAUUGUCAUUGUCUUUGCCAAUAGAAAUUUUGAAGCAUACAUCAAUUGUUUACACUCCAGCUGUAUUCAGAAUGUUUGAGAAAGAAUUUUGCAAGGCUUAUGAUUGUGCUAUGAACAUUAAAAGUGAGAAUGGAACAGUGUCAGAGUAUACAUUGACCCCUCAUGGAAAGGUUUAUGAGCAUAUUGUUACAUAUGAUUCUUCUAAUGAUACAGUGACAUGUGGUUGUAAGAAAUUUGAUUUUGCAGGAAUUUUAUGUGCACAUAUUUUGAAGCUAGCAAAAAAAGCCGCUGAAGAUGAGAAAGCAUACAAAAUUGUUGUUUCUGCGUUUAGUAAGAUUUUUAUAGAUUUGGAUGCAAAUGAUAGAGCUCAAGGGAAAGAGAUUUCAACUUCUACUACCAGACAUAAUGAUAUUGAAAACAAGAACAAUAAUGGAAUAAGUGAUCAAAUUAAAGGGUUUAAGACUAAAAGAAAAGCUCAUGGUGGAUCUAGAAGAAUUAAAGGUGCACUUGAGAGAGCCAAAAAUAAGAAAAAGAUGGUUAAGGAAGAUUCUCCAUCACAACAGGAUUUUCAUGAACAAAAAGCAAAUGAUCAAAUCAAUAAUGGAAGUGGAAUACCGUUUUUGUCUUCUAAUUAUUUUCAAGAGAAUAUGUCAUCUUCAUUUAGCAAAUAUAGCUUCCUUGCAUCAGAAAGAAGUAUUUAUAUUGUCACAUCUAUUCCACCAUAUACUCAUAAUUAUGAUGGUUAUGAAGAUCUAAAUGAGAAUACAAGUAUGACUGUACUAUUGCAACAGGCUAUAUCAACUCCUAAUACAUUUCAAAGAUUUAUUGGCAAUUAUUUUCAAAAAUCACCACAGUGA